GGCCAGCAGCCAAAGCACCGGUCGGCAGCAGCACAGGAGGAAUUUGGACGGUGAGACACAGCAAGCGGGACAAGAACCGGAGCAGAAGUGACCACAGCAUGGAUCUCACCAAGAGCCUGUGGCUGCUGUGGCUGCCCUGCAUGCUGACUGGACUGAGCUAUGACUACAGGGACUAUUCAGAUUCCUACUAUAACGACAUCUCAGAGGGAGGAAAGCAGGAAGCGGUGACCUCCAGUCCGUGUGGGGGUCGUGAUCAGUCUCGCUGGGAUAAGCUCUUCACCAUGCUGGAAGAUUCCCACAUGAGGCAGAACAUGAUCCUGGAAGCUGGUGAGGAGACGAUGAGGAACCUCAGAGAGGAGAUCCAGAGCAGGUCCUGCAGCAGCUCCAUGCUGGAGGAGUCCUGCAGCACUUUAGGUCAGCAGCUGGACCGCAAGCUGGACCUCAAGCUGGAUGCAGCGGUAGACGAGGUAAAGCAGGCAGCUGAUAGGCUGCAGGCUCAGUGUAGCUCCGCCCUCCAGCGGCUGGAGAACUUCACGGGGCUGCAGGCCUCCCGUUUGGAGAAGCUGGAGAACGGUUACCUGGGCCAGGUGAUGAUGAAGAGCCAGCAGGAGUCGGGAGUGGAUGCAGGAAAGCUGGAGCGAGUGCUGAUGGCCACAGCAGCAGAUCUACAGAGAGUUCACACACAGCUCACUCUGCUGCAGCGGGCUGCCGCCCACCGAUACCUGCCCUCAGGCUGUGAGAUGGCACUAUUGUUCCCGAUGCGCUCUAAGCACAGUUUUGCGGAGGUUGUUCUGUCUCCCUCUCUCUCUCUGACCGCUCUGUCGGUCUGUCUGUGGGUGAGAGUGACUGAGGCGCUGGACAGAACCGUGCUGUUCUCCUACAGCAGCAGGAGGAACCCUCAGGAGCUGCAGCUUCUGCUGAACAGGAAUAUGCUGAUCUUCACAGUGGGCGGCGAGGUGGGCACAGUCCGGGCGGCCAGCUCGGGGUCGGAGGGUCGGUGGAGACAUUACUGCGGGCUGUGGAGGUCAGAAGGGGGCGUGGCCUCACUCUGGGUAGACGGUCGGCAGGUGUCGGGCUCCUCUGCAGUGGCACAGGGCCGCAGGCUGCCUGAGGGGGGCGCCGUCCUGCUGGGUCAGGAGAAGAGCUCCUCAGGAAUGUACAGAGACAUGGACGCCACGGUGGCCUUCACCGGGAAAAUCACCGCCGUCAACAUGUGGAGCCGCGCGCUGGACCCGGAACAGAUCCGAGAACUGGCCAAUCAGGACGGAGCCUGUGGGCAGAGGGGGGACGUGAUUGGCUGGGGGGUUUCUGAGAUCCUUCCACAUGGGGGCGCUCAGUACAUCAGCUGACUGUCCAGUAAAAACCUCUGAGUGACAUCAUCCCUCUUUGAAGGGCUGAUAGCACAAAAACAAAGUCCCUCACACAUUCGAAACGCAAACAUUGUUUCAAAACGUACCGUUCAAAGCAAACUGCUCUCUGUUUUUGUGAUGUCACAGAAAUGGACACAUUUACAUAGAAUGAGGCAACCAAUCAGAACAGAGCUCAUUUGCAUAUAUCAAUCUUAAAGGCGCAGUAGCAGAAACAGCCUAUUUAACUGUAACAGACAAAAAGAGUCGUUAAAAAAUGAAUUAUGACUUAUGAUGUUUUUGUUUCAUAAACUCAGACAAAUGGACAUUAAUGGAGAAGAAUGUGCGCAGAGUAAUGAUAUGAUGUAAUAUAUAUUAUAUUUGUUUUGUUUUACUGCAUUUUACUGCUAUGUUUCUCUACAGGCCAAAAGUGUGACCUACAAUACAGUAAAAACUGUAUUGUUCCAGAGUUACAGACACGAAUGUGUUUUUAAUUAUUACACUGAGUGUGUUUACAUGCACUUAAUAAUCCAAUCAUUAUCUAAUUUCUGCAAUGUUCAGAUUAUUAAGUGGUCGUGUAAACCCUCUGAUUUCUUAGAUCAGAUUAAGGUCUAUAAAUCUGAUUAGUAAAUCUGAUAAUGAGGCUGGAUCUGAGUCAGUAAAAGGGUUUCUCAGUGUAAACUCUCACUCUGAUUUCUUUCGUUUCCCUCAGUCUGAGCAUGUGUGAAAACAGAGCGUCGUCCGGGAAACAGCGAGCAGCGUUUCACACAGCAUUUAACACAGCAUUGCAUGUAACACAGCGUCUAACACAACGCUUAACGCAGCGUCUAACACAGAAACCGCGACAUUAACACAGCACUUUUGGAGCAGCACUGAAACCGAAUACACACUCGACCAAAUGAAGGAUUUAAAUAUUCUUCAUCUUCUAGAUGACGAUGUUCAUAUUUACAGAUAAAGUGACCGAUGUUUUUACAAAAAAAGCCUCUCAUGAGUUUUACGUUACGUUUAUAUCACGUCUUGUCUGAUUAUUAAGUGUAAACACAGCAAAAGUUUGAGGUUUAUCUCAAAAUGAUGACUUAUUCUCUAAAACUGAUGACCUAUUGUAUCACAAUUCUAUCUUACUCUGUUAUA